AAGGAAAUAUUUUACGGCGAUACUUUAUGGAGCAUGACAUGUGUUGUAUGGAUGUGAAAUCGAAUUGAAAAUUCGCCCUUGUGGAGAGGAAUAAAAGAUACGUCUUGGCUUUGGCCGGUUCAGGCUUUCACAGUGGUUACAGGCCGUCGCAUAAAUAGGCACGUGCAAUUUUGGACUUAUUUCUGUGUGACUAUCCGACAACCAUAAAUAUUUGCUUAGGACCAUAAGAUGGUCCGGCCCUGUUGCAUAUGUGGCAUCAAGAAGACCAGCGAAGCCGCCUCAAAAGGAAUCAGAUUUUUCAAGUUUCCAAGUGUUAAAAGUGAAUCACAUUCAAUUUGGAUCAAGACAAUUCGUCAUCACUCAAAAAAGAUAUCACGCCCAUUCACCCCUAGGAGAAAUUCGAUAGUAUGCACCAGUCAUUUUGAAAAUACCUGUUUUACCCGAGGCAAAAGGAAGUUGCAACUUAAACAAGGCUCUAUUCCCACAAUUUUCAGUUUUGACGAUUCGACAAAAGAGGUUGUCUCCAUUUCGUGUGAUUCUAAGCCGAAAGAGGUCGAAGAAAAGGAAGGCAAUACUGAGCAGAAUGUUACCUCUUCAGUCAUGGGAGAUUAUGCCUCUGAUGGGUCUUCUUCAUUAUCACCUCCUGUAUUACUUCCCUUGCAAGAACUCAAUUCAGAUUUUGAGGAAACUAUCGAAGAUCCACCUGAUCUAGAGUUAUAUGACAUCAAUCGUGGCUAUGAUGAGAGUACAGGGCUGACAAGCUUUGCCGACUUGGACAUGAUUAAAAUGGAUCAUAUUGGAAGUGUUGCAGAUAUCUUAGGACCUGAUCCAUACUUGCAAGACGAAAGUAUCACCAUGGACGAGCGGGUAGAUUCCAGUGUAGGAGAAGAAAGGGAUGAAGUAGAUGGUCAGACCAUUUUGUCAUUUGCCAGUGUCGAGGAAAUGCAAGAAUUUGCUCAUCGACAAGCAAGCAGCAGGUUAACGAAAACAAACGAUUUUAGGCAAAUCAAGGGCUGGAGGAACAAGUUUCAUCAACUGACACCUUCGCUGUCCCCAUCUCCAUGCUCGUCCCCCCUUUAUAUUCCUGCUAAUUCUGUCGUUUUUACAUCGGAGAGUUCAAAGUCUCCAACGCCCACAAUCUUCUCCAGCUCCACUGUUGCCCUUGGCCCUUCGCUUAAGGCUGGAGAGGACAAACAAGAAGUUACAUGUGAAGAUCUUGAAGUUGGUAGUGCUAUACCGACUAAUCAACAUAAAGAGCCAGUUUUGGAAUCAGAUAAAACAGUUGAAUCACCGAAGCAAGUCAUCGCGCCAUCGGAAGAAACGUUUCAACAUUCAGAACAAACAGUUGAAUCAUCAGAAGACACUACUGAAAUAGCAGACGAAAUGGUGGAAUCGUUGGAAGAAUCGGUAGGAGUUUAUCCUGAACUCGGGCCAGACGGUUCAAUUUCAUCUGAAUAUGCCGAGUAUGCAGCAUCAGCUGUCAAUUUCCCUUAUGUUGAAAAACGACGCAAGCCACUAAAGAAAGCAAUUGACAUGCCUGAUGCCAGUAAUACAACUGCUCCCGGACCGAAAAUUUCGCCUAAAGUUCCAAAGAAACAACCUGCAAUAAAGGGUGCUCAAGAAUUGCCUAGUGUGGAAAUCGAUGAAGUUCCUAGUAGCGAUCUGGUCGUUUGUGAAGAUUUAAUGGAAGAUGUUGUCGUUCAAGAAGACGAAUACGUAGAAGUCUACGAUGUACCUGGAAAUUUGGAAUUCCCUGUUGUUGAAUGCGGCAAGCUCUUCUGUCGACUAGGUUGCGUCUGCGACACAUUGACGAAAACAAAAAAUCAGUCAAAAGUUCCGGUAGAGCAUUGUGCUCUACCUGAAUGCAUGUUACAAUGUGUUUGUGGCUUUCAGGAGGGAAAACCUUCAAGUCGCAAAUGCUUUGCUUCGUUACUUAAAGGUAACGAAUCGUUUUACAGCAAGAUCAAUUGGUCAGGUGAGCGUCGAAGACGUGAGAGAAGGAUACCUGAGCGUUUCUCCGAGUUCCAUCUUGGCAAUGAAUCCUCUUCGUCUACUUCAAACCAUGGCCGAUCACCGGAAGAAUCCAAGCCCGUUGAAGCAAAGAGCAAAAACAGUGGUCAUCAUCGAGCCGGUAACACUCAUUCAUCGCGCCCAUCUUCUUCUUUGAGGACUGGCUGUCCAUCACAGCAACGUUUGAUGCCCCAAGACGUGGGUGUUGAGGACUCCCUUCCUUCUCCAUCAUCAAGUAGAAAAUGGGAACCUUUCCGCGUAAAAGUUUGUGCCGAGGAAAUCAAGUUGCUACGCUGGGAUAGUUUCGUCAGCCUCUCGAAGGUUUACGUAGCGCCAGAUCACGAUAUUUUCUGCAUGGAACAUUCAAUGUACGGUUGUCCGUGUAUUGAAACUGAUCGAAGAAUCAUUCGAAUCGCCUCUAAAUACGUACCCUUACCACUUAUCGAUACCACCAGAAAUGCGGAUAACAGGUCGCCGCAAUCGGCGAAUGGUGCCAAGAAAGUGAAGGCCAAAGCUGUUGCUAGUAGUCCGCCAUCUAAAAACGUUGCCAAAAAACAUACGCAUCCCAAUAUGAGAUUGGCCAAUAAAUCAAGAAUUUCACCAACAGAAGAAAAUGUUGCUGCACCCCAAGAACCAAUUGCCAGAACGUCUUCAUUGUCAAAAAUGCGUAAGCUUCUGAAUGACGAGCGUUUUCAACUACAGAAGCUAAUGACGGACGAAAAGACACGGGCGUUUGAUGAGGAAGUUGAUUUGGCCGUUCGUCAAGGCCAAACCGUUCAGUUGGUUGCUUGGAUUCGUUUCCAUCGCAUCUAUCACGCUGGGCGUAUACACAUCCGCUUCCUAAGCCGUCGAGCUGGACCGGUUAUCUUAGUGAUGCGCCCAACCGAAAUUGUAGCAGCCGACAUAACAUGUGAUAUCCAAGAUAUGAAGAGCAAUGAUAAUUCCCCAGAAAUUGUAAAGGAGUUACUUGAUCCGUGUAUCUCACCGGACGAAACUUCCCGCUAUGCAUUUCUUCUUUGUGACGGAGUCAAGUGGGAGUUGGUAGGUUGUCUUACUCUGAAAACUACAGAUGCACCCAACCCAACUGCAGCUCCAGCUCCAGCUCCAGCUUCAUUGGAUACGGAAGACACGUCAGAAUUCCGUAAAUCUCCGCCAUCUCAUCAGCAGCCGAUCGCCAAAAAGGUGCCAGUAGCUGCAUUUCCAGAAGGCCUAGAUACUCAACAGCAACAAAGUGCAGCUAGUUUGAAGUGUGUCUCAGAGUUUCCAGUUAAAGCGAAAGAGGGCGUUUGCCCUCCCAUUCCCGUCUCUCUUCCCAGCCUCUUAGUCAAGCAUUCAUCAGUGGAACGCAUCAAUGCCAUGGAACAGCGACGUAUGCAGUUGGAAGAAAGGCUAAACCAAAUCAAAUCGAAGCUCAUGAUACCACAAGCCAAGCCAAUCGCCAGUUCGAAACUUUUGAAAAGCCGAAAUCGUACUUCUACGUGUCCGAAUCCACGUUCAGUCCCGAUCGUUGAUCAGCUAGUCAUGCCCGAGGAAUUUCCAUCGCGUUCACUUCCACAGUCCGGUCCCUCGGUUCAGGUAGCUCCAAAGACUGCUCGACGCUCGAAGCGCAAACCGGAUAUGGCUUAUCUUAUUCCCGAUCAGUGUAUUUUACCUGACGAUAUGCCAAUCGUCGGUCUCACAGAAGAACAAACUGAAAUGGAAGUGAAAGGCCAUCAUCAAAAUUUACCUGAUUUGUUAAUCGAUCAAGUUAUCAAGGAGCCUACACGAUCCAUGUAUCCAGCAGCAGAAAAGCUCGCAAUGUUUUCUCGGCUCAUCCGAAAUGGCAGUGAUCCCUUUUUCAAUGGUGCCAACUAUUCGAGUUUCGAAGAUACGUCUACUUUUGCUUCUGAACGAGUUCGUUCUUCUACCAAGCGUCAACAACCAGCGAAAAUUGAACGGCCUCCUCCCUCUCCUCCUGUCGUCCCCGCUGCCAUACCUCCAACACCUAGUGAUUUGCUUAAGCCAAACACACGGUCAUCAGAAGUAACACUAUUAAAACUUCAACCAAUUGGCCCGUCACUGCCAAACGGCGUUACUGGGCCGAAUCCGGUACGGAGAAUCCGCAUCCUAACGCCGCAGUCAGCAAUGAAUGGAACUAGUGGAAGUGGUCUCAUUCCAUUAUUGACCUCUCGUAACGGCAUCGAACCUAAUGUCAUUCAGCAACAGCGGAUGCACUGGAGUAGUAAAGGGGUGAAGCCACCAGUCAACUCAAAAUCUUUGGCUACCCCUGUACCCUCUAUAUCGGAGUCGUUUAUGUCCGUAUUGGCAGUUCCAACGUCUUCCGCAAUUGCACCGACCACGUCUAGUAAGUCAACCGGCUGCAGUGCGGAAGCUAGCCGCAGCAUUCAACCUGCUAACAGUAAACCAAAUCAAGUCGGAUCGACACCCACCGUCAAUUCCAGUUUGAUGACCUCGGAUCAGAAAACUCAGCUUUCGAUGAAAGCAAGCUCAAAUAUGAUUCCAGAUGGGUCAACUCAGCUUUUGAUGAAAGCCAACACAACCGCAGCCGAUGCAGAUUCAUCCCGUGCUGUGAAACUUGUGCAACAACAUACAGACCCAGAGUCGAUUCCCUCGUCGGAUGAUAAUGCAGAACCGCCAAAAGAGACAACAUCAUCAUCCAAAAGUGUUUUCCCAAGAAUAGUCACUGCCGAGGUCAGUACCGUUAAAUCGUCGUCGGGAACUGCAACGCGAAGUCUAAAAAUCAUUUUAGAAGCUAUGGAGGGCGAACACCAAGAUCUCUGCCCAAGUCGAGCAAGUAUGCUCCUGCCGUUGCAUAACAUCAACGAUCAAUGGUGCCUCGUUGCUAUCGAUCAUGUCCCGGAUAGUGGCUUUCAAGUUCCUGGCCUGACAGUGUUUAUUCCUCGUGACGUAUUAGGGCGCGCAGCUUCCACGGCAAUUGAACGCAAAGCUCGAGUCUCUUUCCCGCUGCACUUCCAGCUGAAAAACGUUGGCUCCGUGUUCAAGAAAGGUUUUGGAGUUUAUGGAACACCGCAACUUCCUCGUCACGUUUUUCUCGGUCCAUUUCCUUUUAAUUAUUUGGAAAACUGUACACCUUUUGCGAUGCAACACAACAACCGUUGCAUGUUCCUCAUCAAGUUAACCAAACCUAUACCGUCCGAUUCCGGUUGUGCGAAUGAGCCGAAUCAGGUAACGCGAACGAACAAAGAACAGGCUGAAGAAGUAUCACUGUCAACUUCGAUAGAGUCAUCAGACAAAAUUGUCGAAACCACGCCUGAAUCCAAGACCAACGAAGUGGUUUCUACAACGGUGCCCGCUGAUGAAAAUGGAAAGCCCGAUUGUUUCUCGCUCACAUCUUCCCCCCAAAGUGAUGAAGUUUCUGUUGUCGCAACCCUUGCCGGAGCAAGUAAAACUGCCACAGUAGCCGAUCAGACCUUUGGCAAUGCGGAAUCGGGAUUAUUGGAAAAUGAGGGGAAAGAGUGUGCAAAGGAUUCAGAGAGUGACGGAAUAGAAAUAAUCAACGAAAAUGUUAAUAUGAAUUCUGAACUCCGAAUGGGAUCAGCCAAUGCCAGUGUGCCGCUUCAACCCAUGGAUGGGAGACCGAAAAGAAUGUUCGUCGCUCGUACACCGGGUCUACCUCCUACGAAUAUUAAACUAUUUUCUGAAAGUUCGGUGGUAGUGGAUCACCCUUUCUUACGUGGUGAAAAGGAAACGUUCACUUCCAUUGAUGAAGCAAAAACUUGGUUGCAGACUCUGGCCAUCCGCCAGUGCAAAGGCAAAGGAUUCAGUAGCAGUGGGAGUGAUAAAUCAAAAACAAGCAAUUCAGCCGAUGAUUCCUUGGCAAAUUCGGAGUUCACCGAAGACGAAGAAAUCGACGUCUGCGGUCAGACUACGGGAGAAUCACGUGAGCAGGAAGAAACGGUGGACUCGGCGUCGACCACGUCCAGAAGCCCUAAACGAAUUCGGCGCUUGACGGAGAAAGCCAGAAUUUUAGCCGCCAACAAAUCAAAAUCAAGUCGAAGUUGCACCGCAACCACUAAUGUAGUGAAGCGGUCUUACAACAAGCAAUCUUCGUCGCGUAUGGGGUCAUCGCGCAGCACCGUUCAACGAAUGCUGCACAUUCAAAAAGAACAAGAGCGAAGAGGACUGCUCGGCAAACUUAUUCGGGAUCUCGACGCUUUGUGUGCACCAGACAGCGGAACUAGAGCUAAAAUAGUCGUCUUGAAAAAUGCUACAACCACAGUCAAACAUUUGGAGCAACAGGCAAAAGAACUGGAAAACACUUACCAAGCAUUAAAACUUCAUCGUACUGCUCUUCUCACAAAACGAGAGAAAAUAUUUGCAGAGUUGCCAUCUGAGGUCAGCCAAAUUUUCAACUGCCUCAUGGAAUCAGUGGCGUUGCCCUCGCGGCAUUUAACUGUUGCGGUAAGUGAUCGUUCUAAGCGAAAUCGACUACCGUCUCCUCAACUUAGUGACCAACAUAAUCGGGGUCGCGUUGCGGUUGUAGUUCCUAACAGCGCUCUAUUAAGCGAAUUUGUUAAUCGUCCUACAACGCAGCACUAUGUCUUGACAGGGGUAGAAUUGUAAGCGAAAAAGACCAGGGAAUGCCAACAGCAGUCCUGUUUAGUUCUUAGAAAUUACUUUUUCCUUUUGACUUCUUUUUCAACACUAUGUACUGCUCGUAGUUGUGUGGUUCCUUUACUCUUUCAAAUUAAAAUUUGCUUGCUGCUUCUUUACAUGAUAAUGUGAUCAUCAGGUCAAAAGUUCACAAAUAAAAUUCUGUUUGUAUUUGUUAA